GCGCUGCAGUCCGGGCGGCCGCUGGAGCCCCUGCUCGGCUCCCUCGCGGCCGGCGGCCAGCCGCAGCGCCCCGAGCAGCUGUUCGCGAAGGCCGGAGCAGCAGGGGAGCACAAGGCUGCAGACCUGGCCCCGUCCGCACGGCGGAGUUCUGGAUUUCACUCCUCGAGGGAGAGCAUUCUGAGCUCGUUGAGGAGGCCAAGAAGCACAAGCAGCGCCUGCAAGACUCCAGGCGGGUGGCGGAGGCGAAGGCGAGCGCCCUGCGCGAGAGCGACGGCGAGAAGCGGCGCCUCGAGGCCGAGCUGAAGUGGCUGAGAGAGUCUCGCGACAAGGCCAUCUGCGAGCGCAGCAUCGCCAAGGACAGCAACCAGCGCAUCGAGAAGAACAGCAAGCUGGACAGAGAUGAGCUGGUGGCGAAGGCGGACUCGCUGGAGGAGGUCCUCGAGCGGGAGAAGGAGGACAAGUGGAGGCUGGAACAUAACUUGGUUCAGACCAAGGUGCGGUAUGCCAACGUCCUCCAGCAGAAGGACAGCAUGGAGUGCCUCAUAUCCUACUACGAAGAUCAGCUCAAGGCCCUCGUCCCAUCGUUCGAGAAGGUGGACCUCAACACAGCGGCCGCGUGGCUGCGGCCGAUAAGAUCGCCGGACGUCGUCUCCUGCAGGGACUCCGAGCUCCAGAGCAACGCCUCGUCGCAGGACCUCGACACCGCCAGGUCGAGGACCACCAACUUCGGCCUCACGCCCCCCCUGGAGGCGCAGUCGACCGAGUCGCAGCCGGGCAAGAGCCGGGGCCUGAUGAAGCUCGCCAAGAUCCGGACCACUCGACCAUGUUCAACAAGUCCCUCACGGGCGAGAAGGACAAGGAUCGGCCCACCGGCAGAGCAGCUCGUCGAGGCCGGCCAAGGGGGCGCCGGCCGUCGAGCAGCCGCCGGCCUGCGGCCCCGGCCAGUCGGUGACCCCGCGGAGCUCGCGCGGCGAGCCGCGGACCCCGACGCUGCGCUCCAUGCGCUCCAUGGACGAGCACGCCCCGGUGACCUCCUCAAGCGCGGCCGCCGUGUCCAGGGAGAGCAGCGCCGCCGCGUCGGAGCGGCCCCGGAGGCCGAAGCGCUGGGAGAUGAGGCAGGAGUAGGCUUGCGCAGGGGGAGAGCCAGGGGA